UUUCCUUUUAUGGGUGAUACCAUUUCGCUUAUGUUCGUUUCUCAUUGUUAUAUCUAUUUUACCAACCCUAUUAAUAACCUGCUUUCUUUUUCUGUUGAUGUUUAAAUUCACGGUUGACCAUGGUAAACAAACUCGAAUCAGGCUUGUUUACAUUGUCACGGACAGUAUUCCCAGAUUGGGGGUAAACCUGGCCCAAUCUGGCAACACUGGUCACGGAAGCAUUGAGUAGUUUUCCUUGUGGUUGGUAAAAAAAUACUAGCUUCUCGACAUUAUAGAAAGAUUACAUUGAAAAACAUCCAAUUCAUAAGAUAUGAGUAAGGGAGACGCCCAGGGAUGUCUGAAGAAGUCAGGCGGACUGCAGGACCGUGAUGCGAGUGCCAACGCGUCCUCCUCACCCGUCAUCGCUGCCUUCAAAGUUUUUCAACAGGAGCUCGACACAAAACACGACAAACAUGAGCGUCUGGUCAAGAUCAGCCGAGAUAUCACCAUUGAAAGCAAGAGGACGAUCUUUCUCUUACACAGAGUAACCAGUGUUACAGAUGUGGAAAGCAUUCUGAAGGAAUCGGAUGUGAAGCUGGACUUGGUCAGGCGGAAGAUUGCUCAAAUAGCAGAAGAGCUUAGAGGGGAGGACAUAUACCAGUUUCACAGAGCCUUCACCGCUGGAAUCCAGGAGUAUGUCGAGGCUGUCUCUUUCCAGCACUACAUCCGCCACCGCACCCUCAUCAGCCUGGAGGAGAUCAAUGCCAUGCUGGUGUUCACUAAGGCACAGUCUACAGAUGCCAAGGAGCCAGCCGAGGAGGACGCCCCCCCACCGACGGUGACCGCGGUGAGCGCGCCCCCCUUCCAGGUGAUCCCGUCGGACUACCUGCUGGGCGUGGCCGACCUGACGGGCGAGCUGAUGCGCAUGUGCAUCGGCAGCGUGGGCAACGGCGACAUCGACACGCCCUUCCAGCUCAGCCAGUUCCUGCGGCAGGUGCACGACGGCUUCUCGUACAUCGGCAACUCGGGGCCCUACGAGGUGUCCAAGAAGCUGCACACGCUGCGCCAGAGCCUGGCCAAGGUGGAGGACGCCUGCUACGCGCUGCGCGUGCGCGGCUCCGAGAUCCCCAAGCACAUGCUGGCCGACGUGUUCGCCAGCCGCGACGCCAUGAUGGACGCAGACGAGGGCGUGGCCUAGAGGGGGUGGGGCCCUGAGGGGAGGACGGCGUGUGAUGCGGUGCGAUGUUUAAGGUUUACGUUUACGUGCCGUGUUCCUGCGUUUGUUACCAUGCGGUUUUCGCUAUUGUUGUGUUGAAAUGUUUUUGUUUUUUUUAUGAUUGUCUUUUCAUUGAGGAUCGUUGUUUCAUGUGAGGCCCGACGUGUUGAAUUGGAAGAACGACGUUUGGUCACAGCAAUGUUGUUGUUUUUUUUGCAUUGAAAUUUCAAAGUUGUGAAUAAACUUACGGGCAGGGCUUCAA